AUGGAUAGCCAGCGUCCCAUUCCGGACGUUCUCAAGGACGUUCCUAAGGAACUCGUCAACGAAGCUCUGCGCAUACGAGAUACGUUCAUGAUAGACCAAGGCCAAUUGAAAGAGAUUACCGAUCGUUUUCUUUUCGAAUACCAAAGAGGCCUAGAAAGUGACGACAGUGACAUCCCAAUGAACGUAACCUGGGCGAUUGGCACUCCCACCGGCGACGAAACAGGCACAUACCUCACCAUCGACAUGGGCGGCACAAACCUCCGCGUUUGCGAAGUAACCCUCACCCCGACCCCGGGCGGCUACGACCUCAUCCAGUCCAAAUUCAAGCUUCCCGAUGACUUGAAAGUCGGCCUCGCAGACAUGCUCUGGCAGUUUAUCGCGGAUUGCCUAUACCAGUUCCUGGAAGAACACGGAUUGCUUGCAAAGAGAGGCAAGAAUGAAGCGAGGCUGCCGCUGGCAUUCACGUUUUCGUUUCCGGUUGCGCAGGACAGUAUAAGACACGGGGUGCUGCAGCAGUGGACGAAGGGUUUUAAUAUUGGGGGUGUGGAAGGGAAGGAUGUUGUGCUGCAGUUGGAGAGAGCUUUGAGGGAUAGGGAGCUCCCUGUUGAGAUUGUUGCGUUGGUCAACGAUACCACGGGGACGUUGAUUGCGUCUGCGUAUAAGGAUCCGGAGAUUCAAAUUGGGAGUAUCUUCAGCACGGGGUGUAAUGCCGCUUACAUGGAGGAUUGCGGGUCGAUUCCUAAGAUCGCGCAUCACAAGCUUCCUCUAAAUACUCAGAUUGCUAUAAACACUGAAUGCGGCGCCUUUGAUAAUUCUCAUCACAUCCUCCCACGCACGCCCUUUGAUGUCGAAAUCGACGAUACGUCUCCUAAGCCCGGACAGCAAAUCUACGAGAAGAUGGUAGCAGGUCUCUACAUUGGCGAAAUCGUCCGCUUAAUCCUCCUCCACCUCCACGAAUUCUACGGCCUCUUUGCAAGAGACAACAAUGACAUAGCCCGUCUCCGCAACCCAAGCGCAAUUGACUCCUUUAUCCUCUCAAAACUAGAAGAAACUCAUUCCUACAGCCCCGAUUCCUCCAUCGAGAUCCAAUCUCUCUUCCGCGACUCUCUAGGUAUCAACCCAGCGCCCCCUGAACUAAACCUCUGCUGCUUCGUUGCGGAAUUCGUUUCCACGCGCGCGGCGAGAUUGUAUGCGUGCGGGAUUGCGGCGAUACUUAGGAAGAAGAACAUUAGGUCUUGCUCGGUGGGGGUGGAUGGGUCUGCGUUUACCAAGUAUCCACGGUUUCGGGAGAGGGCUGUGGGUGCGUUAAGGGAGGUGCUGGAUUGGCCGGAGGGCGAGGAGUUGAUUAGUUUUCGACAUGCGGAGGAUGGGUCUGGGGUUGGGGCUGCUUUGAUUGCAGCGUUGGCCGAGAAGGUGGGGAGGCAGCAGGGAUGA